AAUAUAUUUUAUUUUGUUGUGCGCAAACUUGAUCUGGAGCGGACGUGACGACUUUACUUUCGGUUUGUCCUCUCGCUGCUGAAACUUGUUAAAGUGAAGUCCUGAGGUGAACCACGAUGAACACAUCGCUGCUCAAGUCUCGUGUGAGAGUUUUAACGUCUUGAAGGUGAAUCAUCGACAGUAACUUCAAACAGUGAAACCUUCCUACUGUCAUGAGAUGGAUUUCCCCGUGGAAGCCACUGUUCAUUUGGAUAUGUUCCCAAACAAAGCCGAGGUGACAAAAAUCCUCAGGUCACAUAACUUUGAGCUGAGCGACCUACGGGGCAAUCAGGUGCGUGUCAAAGGGUCGUUUCUCCAACUUAGAGCAGCGAAGGCCUCUUUGGAGCAACUUCACCUUCAAACCAACACAUACACCCCGCCAUCCUCAUCCUCACCGUCUGCCUCUGGAGCCAUUUCCAAACAAGUCAACAACACUAAUGGUGCAAGAGGACGAUCGGAAUCACGAAACCAGCCUCUGCGUGCUUCUCCAUCUUCACCCACAGCUACCUCUCCUGUGGCGUCUGGAUCUUCCAAACACGGUCCGUUCUCUCCAGGGUACAGAAACUCUUCUCCUUCAAGACCAGAUCAGCGUGGCUCUUUCAGGCCCGGCAAAGAAUCCUUCUCUAUUGAUGUAGAUGUGUAUGAAUACGCAGAUAAACUCAGGAAAAAAGACAUAGAUUCCAUUUUGGUUAACCAUAAUGUCAUCAUGCAAGUAAGCGAUGUUACCGAAGAGAGCUGCAGCGUUACUUUAAUGGGAAAAGGUGCAAAGACAGCAGUGGGUAAACUCCAGGGUCUCAUGGAAGAUCUCAGCAAAUCCCUCCGCACACAAGAGGUUCUUUUGAAAGACAUGGAUCGUGAAGGCCAGGCACUCUGGGAGUCUAUUCAGAGUAGAGGACACAUUUGUGAUUCAGUGCUUGUAAGUCAAAAGAAUGACAGACUCCACCUCAUCGGAUCAUCUAGAGGGAGCUACGAGCUAAAGCAGAGGCUGUUGGGUACAUCAGUGGAGCAUGGAGGACGUUCAGGGAGGACAUUGGACAAAAACUCCAGGCAGAGGAGCACCUCUUUGCCACCGUCCAAUAGAAGGAACACAGACAGAGAUAAGGGUGCUAACACUAAUCAGUCUCCUGUAGGUGCUGCAGGUUACUCUUGGAUGGAGCACCAGGAUGACAAACGGCAUCAAAAACCGCGUGAGCCGGCAGGGGCUGCUAGGUUUAGUCUCCGCGGAAUGUUUAGAGGCAGAAGCAAAUCUGAGUCCCGCAAAAAAAACCCAGCCAGAAUGGACCAAUGGUCAUGUACAUGAAACAGGAAACCAAGUCCAGCCUUCUAAAUCCCCGAAGAAGGGAUUAAUGAAAUUACUAGAUUUCAAGUCUGACGAUAUAAAGCAGAUAUUUAAAAGUAAAAACAAAAAGAAGAAAUGAGAAUUUAUUCAUUUUCAACAGCACCUAAACCUUCCUGCUUUCUCUUGUUAUUUUUGACCUAAUUUUAUUUAAUCUAAAAUGCAACCAAACUAAAUAUGCAGAUUAUCUUCAGGCUGGUUUACCUCAGCAUUGUGUUUUUUUUAUAGUGGUACAGAAGAAGGAAAUUGAACAUUGUAUUGAUCACACUAUCCAAAACAUGUGAGCAAAUAAUCAGAUCUAUCAAAAUGACUUACAAUUCAUUAAAUGAUUAAAUUGCUAGCUAAUUCAAUUGCUUUCUAUAGCAAAAAAUAGCAGCAUUUCAAACCCCAUCAUAAUUUACUAAAAGCUAUGUUAUGUCUCAAAGUGUUAUCUAUCCAUCUGUCCUGCUUAUCCGGGUCUGGGUCGUGGGGGCAGCAGUCUCAGCAGGGAAGCCCAGACACUCCUUUCCCCGGCCACUUCCCCCCAGCUCUUCUGGGAGGAUACCGAGGCGUUCCCAGGCCA